AUGUCUAAGCUGUUUACCCCAGUGAACAUCGCUAAGCUCUCGCUCAAAAACAGAUUCAUGAGAUCUGCUACAUACAUGGGAUUCUGUGAUAUUGAUGGAAUGCCAACACAGGAGUGUUUAAAGUAUUAUCGCGACCUUGCAGACGGACAGUUUGGUCUUAUCGUUCCAGGAUAUCUUUACCCAGUUCCAGCAGGAAGAUCUUCACUUCGUCAAGGAGGAAUGUCUACUGAUAAACAUGCAGAAGCAUGGCAAUCAACAAUUGAUUACAUCCACAAGCAAGGAUCAAAGAUUGUAUUCCAAAUUGGCGAUGCAGGAUUAGGCUCAAGAUUUGAAGUUACCAAGGAAAGACCACGUGGUGCUUCCGCAACUGGUCCAAUGAAUCGCGCAAUGACACAGGGCGACAUUGAUGAAUUAAUCGAAGCAUACAAAGACAUAGCAUUACGAAUCAAGAACGUUGGUGCCGAUGGCAUUCAAGUUCACAGUUGCCAUAUGUAUCUAUUAGCGCAAUUCCUUUCUCCAGGCGAAAACAAGAGAACAGACAAAUACGGAGGAAGCCCAGAAAACAGAUGCAGAUUACAUAAUGAGAUUAUUUCCGCAAUUCGUUCAGUUGUCGGAAAUGAUUUUCAUGUUUCAAUCAAAAUCAACGGAGAUGACUACAAGAAAGAUGGCACAAAACCAGAAGAUGCAGCAAAGACAGUAUCUCUCCUCAAAGGCAUCGAUUUAGUCGAAGUUUCAUGCGGAAGAACUGCUGAUGCGAUGGCUAGAUCUCAUUGUUUCAAGACUUUCCCAUUUAUUCCAACAUACAACUUAGAUGCUGCUAAGACAAUCAAGAAGGCCAAUCCUAAUAUGCCUAUUGCAUGUGUUGGAAACUUCAGAAAGGUUACAGAUAUGGAGAAAGCCCUUGAUGAUAUCGAAUUGAUUUCUCUUUCAAGACCAUCAAUUGCAGACACAGCCACUGUCAAACAUUUGAUGGAAGGAAAGAAGAAAGUUAAAUGCGUUUCAUGCGGUCAGUGCAUGAUAAAGAGCAACGGAGUGGUUAAGUGCUUCAUCUAA